UCCACCUAUUGCAUUUUUUUUCUCUGGAUAAGAGCAUCUUGCAGAUUCGAAGCUUCAAAGUAAAAAUCGCCAUGGCUGGGAUAACCAGCACCGUAGGAUUCAACGCCGUUUUCGCCGGAAUCACCAAAACGUUACCAUUCUCCGUUUCAUCUAUCGAUUCCAAACUCUACGGUCUCCGUCUCUCCACCGCCGAACUGCCAAUUCCCAGUUCUCCUCGCCGUGGGCUCGCCGUCACUUGCCGUUACGGUGGUGGAGGCGGAGGAGGAUAUCGUUUCUCGGGAGACUCAAGGAGAGGCAGGCCGAAAGAGGCAGAAGUAGAUGAAGCGCUCGAUAUCGCCUCAAUUAGGUCAGCUACUGUGAGGCUAAUCGAUGGGCAACAGAACAUGCUUGGGCUAGUGUCUAAAGACGAAGCUGUUCGAAGGGCUGAAGAUGCUGAGCUUGAUUUGGUAUGUGUAACUAACAUUCCAUUGCAAUGUUUUUUCACUUGUGGUGCUUUAGCUUCUUGGUGUGUUCGUUUUCAGGUGAUUCUAUCGCCUGAUGCUGAUCCUCCUGUUGUUAAAAUGAUGGACUACAGUAAAUAUAGAUAUGAACAGCAAAAGAAGAAGAAGGAUCAACAGAAGAAAACCACUCGCAUGGACUUAAAGGAGCUUAAAAUGGGUUAUAACAUCGAUCAGCAUGAUUAUUCUGUACGUAUGAAAGCUGCCCAAAAGUUCUUGCAAGAUGGUGACAAGGUUAAGGUGAUUGUGAGCAUGAAAGGAAGAGAAAACGAGUUCAGAAAUAUUGCUAUCGAACUCCUCAGACGUUUUCAAACCGAAGUAGGAGAGCUUGCGACUGAAGAAAGCAAAAACUUUAGGGACAGAAACUUGUUCAUCAUCUUGGUUCCAAACAAAGAAAUGAUCAAGAAACCACAAGAACCCUCCUCGAGAAAGAAGAAGAAAAUAGCUGCAGAAAAUGAAGUUUUACCUGCGGAAAAUAAAGUUUCGACUGCAGAAAAUGAAGUUUCAGCUGCAGAAAAUGAAGUUUCGGCUGCGGAAAAUGAAGUUUCAGCUGCAGAAAUAACGACGCCUCCAUAAAAAUUUCUGUCUGCAAAUCGAGUUUGGAGUUUAAAUCGUGAGGUCAAGGAUUCGAGAGUUGAAGUAAAGUUUUGUAUAUUUACUUUUCUAGCAUGUCUCAAGAGAACUGUAAUCAGUAGAAUUAGUCCUACUUGAAUGAUGUUCUGAUCUUGCCUGGAAUCUUUUUGUAUGACUAAUCAGUUUUAGUCUAUACACAAUUCUUUGUUUUCA